GGUGACAAAAAUACAAAAUGGCAACCCUAACGUGGCACCAUUCCCUCCCGCCCGUGAAGCGACAGGAAGCAUACGAUACGCGUCCGAUACGAGAGUGUAGUGCCUGGGGAUGACUGACUCACUGUUGCACUCCCGUAUAUAAGAGGCUCGCAGAGGUUCGUGGCCGGCGCAGAAGCACCAGUCAUGUCUGACCUCAGUGACUUGUACAACCGCCUGGACCGCCGCGUCAUGUCUGAGGCGGAGCUGUUCCGCUACGGGUACCCGCGGCCCGGCAAUGCCCCUGGCCAGGCGCGGGUCGGCACACACCAUGGCACCUACUGGAAGGUAAUGCCGGGCCCCAGGAAGCAUAAUUGUAACCGCUGCGAAAAAAUCUACGAGGUAGACAGCGAGGGGUGGCCGGCGGUGCGGGAGACCUGCAAGUGGCACAUGCAGCGGGCCAGGAAUGGCGUGCACCCGUGCUGCGGGCUGCGCCAAGGCGGCCAGUCCUGCCAGACCUCGGACUACCACAUCCACUGUGACAUCGACCCUGACAACCUGACGGGCUUCAUCAACACGAGCAGCGGCGCCGCGCACGACAGGUCUGUGUUGGCGCUGGACUGCGAGAUGGUGGCCACGACCCGCGGGUACGAGGUGGUGGCGCUCACCGUGGUGGACCACCGCUGCCGGCCGGUGUACGAGACCAUGGUGAAGCCCGAGGGCCACGUCCUCAACUACAACACGCCCUUCUCGGGCCUCACCGCCGCUGACCUGCGCGGCGUCACCACCACGCUGCGGGACGUGCACGCCAAGCUGCUGGCUCUGAUGGGGCCCCGCACCAUCCUGGUGGGCCACGGCAUGCACAACGACCUUGUGUGGCUGCGGCUGCUGCACGGCCACAUCGUGGACACCAACCAGCUGUACCCGCACGAAAAUGGGUGGCCGGCUAAGAGCCCGCUCAACUUCCUCAAGAAGCGCCACCUGCCCCCCCUCAACGAGGGCGGCCUCAAGUGCCGCGAGGAUACCGUGGCCACCAUGAUGCUGGCGCGCCUCAAGUGUGGCUUUAAAGCCAGGCCGUAAUGCCCCUGCCAUGAUGGUUCUGUCACCCGCUAGUCAUUGGGACCAGUCACCGGCCGACCUGAGGCAGGCACCUCGCAUGUUCUGUCAUGACCAUGCAAAUACGCUCUUUGUCAUGUAAAUUAUUUUUUUAGGUUAAAAAAUUUGAAGUUUCAACAUUCAACUUGCGAAGAACAUUCUUUAUCUUGUUCAAAGAGACGUAACAGGCAAAGAGGGAGGAGGUGCGGACACUAUACGCUGCCUGUUGAGUAGCACCCAAACACCUGAGACGCCGAGAGAAAAUGAAUGUGAAAUCAAUGAAAGAGGAGAAAGAGCGCGAGGUGAAGCAAAAAAGACCAAGAAACAGCUACGGACCAAGUGUCAAACUCAGGUCCGUUAUUACCGCAGCCUUCAGUUCUUCCCAGUGCUGUGAUGCACCAUUACAUCAGGCACCCAAAACGGCGCUCUGUAUUAUUUUAACGUUUGAAUGGGUUUCCACGUCUAGGGUACAAAUACUGUGUUGGUGUGGUCAGCGUCCGGCCCUCGAGGUCCUGCCUCGCCUCGACCUGUGGCUGGUCUUGGUCUCUCCCUGGGGACACCUCCA